CUUUUCCCACCCGUAAACAGGAAAAUCUUCUUCUCGUUCUCUUGGGGAGAACAGAAGAUAGUUAUCUCUCUCUUUGAACCCCAACCACCCUCGGAGUGGGUGGUUAAACACCCUUGUCACACUUCUGAUUGUCGCACAGCGACAGCGUCGCUGAAAUGGUAGGCUGUUGUGUUGUGGGCUGCGGGAGAAACUCCUCAAAGCCGACCGUCGACACUCGCUACAGAAACUACGAAAGGAACGUCACCUUCCAUCAGUUCCCUGCAGACACGCAGAUAAGGAACAAAUGGAUCUCUGCUGUCAUUAUCGGAGGCCGCGUGGAGGAGUGGCAGCCAGGCACCAACACCAAGAUUUGCAGCCUGCAUUUCAACUUGAAGGACAUCAAGUUCAACGAAAGGGGCACGCAAAUUUUGAAGGGUGCCGUGCCUGACAUUCCCCUGGCCACCAAGAAAAAACCUCCCCGCAGGAAUAAGGCUGCAAUGGUCAAGGCGUACAAGAACCUUGUUGAUGAUAUUUGCUCGGAAGAGAUUGGCGCCGUCGAGGAGGUCUUAACAAGCGAACUCUCAAAGGGUGUAGAGCUCACUGUCUUUAAUGAUGUGGCCCAGAUUGACUUUGACCAAGGUCUGUUGGACUUAACCAACGUCGUUUUCGAUCCCGACACGCCUGGAACUUCAAGCGAGUACAGCUUCCCUCCUUCUCCAGAACAAAUGGAGGUUGAGGUGGAGCAGCAGAACGCCAAGACUAAGAAGGUCGUCAAAUCAGCCAAUGUGCACACUUUUGAGGCUCCGGCAAACAGUACUGAGAAUACUGCUGACAACGACCUUUGUUUCUCCCUCUACGGAGAGAUCUUGGGAAAAAUGAAGAAACUCAACAUCGCUGUUUCCAAACAUCACCCCGAUAAAUCCAUGGAAAUGCAGAAGAUGCUGGACAGUUUCACUAAGCUGUUUGUUGACAAAGGAAACAUGCCUGACUCGGCCUCAACACUGAUGCAUGAAAAUGAUCCAUUCAUGCCCUCUAACACAGAGGGAGAGAAAUUCGACACUCUAUUUGAGGAGGACUUUUUCGCCACAGUCCUGGAGAACCCCGAAAUGUUUCUAUCAUAGAAAAUCUAUGAUCAUUUAAACAUUUCAUAGCAUUAUGCUAUAUUUCAUAUUAUUUUGUAAUUUCAAUUUACUUAAAAAAAUUACAUUCUAGUUCAUAGUUGUUUCUACAAAUGUGAUCAGUUUUUUCGGUUUGGCAUUGUUUUUAAAAUGACUUUAUUAAAUCAUUUUACUGUCACUGUGUCUUGUGACUAAAAUAUUUUAGGCCAUGCAUGAAGGAAAGAACAAAAAAUAUUUCUAUGUUUGAAGUUAUGCGCUGUGUGCUGUGGUAAUUAUGUGGACAUUUAAUGUCCUUAAAUCUGACCACAUUUGUGGAACGCAUUAAAACUUCUGUAGUCUGUUUCUAAUGGAGGAAUAUUUUCAUAUCUUUAUCAAAUAAAGUUAGGUAUUACCAAUAUAAA